CAGACAAGAGCAGCUAAACAAAGAUACAGAUUGACAUGUUUUGAAAUGGCAGGUUCAGCAACUAAAGAGUCUAGGUUAGUGCCUUCCCUUUCUUGCGGUGGCGAGCUAGGUCGGCAGAAUAACCUACAGAGAAUAGCACAAAAGAAAAGCCAAGUUAGGGGCUUCCCUAAAAACAAAAAGUUGGAGAAGCUUGGAAUCUAUUCGUCGUGUAAGUCAGAUGAUGCGUGCAAAUGUAAUGGCUGGAAGAAUCCCAAUCCUGCCCCCUCAAUAUCGUCAAACCUGGACGUAUCGCAACCUUUGGCCAGUCUUUCGGAUCCAUGCAGGAGUUGCAGUCACAAGCUAGAGGUACAUGUGUCACAUUUGGAUCAUACACCUGAUGAUGAGUUGAACAGACUGCUUGGCAUUGUUGUUGACGUAGAGAACCUCUUUGUAUGUGUGCACAAAGAGGAAGAUGCUGAUACAAAACAAGUUUAUUUCUACUUGUUCAGGCUGUUGCGCAAAUGUAUCCUACAAAUGAGCAAGCCAACAAUCGAGGGUCCAUUAGGAAACCCUCCAUUUGAAAAGCCUAGCAUUGCAAAGGGGGUUACAAAUUUUGUGAUGCACAAGUUUGGUAACCUUGGACAAAAAGAAUGGCAGACCAUGUAUGACUUGUCUAAGAUGUUUCUACAUUGUCUAAAUCAUUGGAAGCUGGAAACCCCUACAGCUAGGAGGCAGCACUGCAAAGCAGACGAUAUACAACAGUAUAAAGUAAACUACACUCGGUGGCUGUGCUAUUGUCAUGUGCCAGCAUUCUGUGACAGUUUACCGAGGUAUGAGACAACACUCAUCUUCGGGAAGACAUUGCUACGCUCAGUGUUCCAGACCAUGCGACAUCAGUUGUUAGAGAAAUUUAGGGCAGAGAAGGACAAAAUGCCACCUGAGAAAAGAACGCUUGUACUUACCCACUUCCCACGGUUUCUUUCCAUGCUGGAAGAGGAGGUAUACUCUGCAACAUCGCCGAUCUGGGAUAGCAACUUCUCCCAGACACUGAGUGGUAGUGCCUCACCAAGCAGUUCUCCUCCAAGAUCUCCUCCGCCGGAAACCCGCAGCAAAGCAAAAGCUGCUGCAGCUACGGUUCCUACAUCGACUGUGGCGUCUACAGAAACUGCGACGGCUGGGUUGCAGAAGUCUGCAUCAGUCAGACAAUCGGCAGGCAGUACGCCAUUACGCAAUGGUGAGGCUGUUAUCACAGUCAGCAACCUCAGCCUAGGUCUGCCACGCACACGAACACGCAGCAGCUCUGGCAGGGGCGAGGAGGACAAUGUCUCUGACGGCGAUAAAAGGAAGAAUUCAGAGCACAGCAGCGAAGAAGAUUCGAAGAGAAGGAAAAUAGAAGGUGACAUUCCAAUGCAAGUCAUCAGUGAUAUACUAGAGACAAUAACUGAUCCUACUUCAAUGGUUGGACCAGAGUCAACUUUGCUACACCAUCACUCCGCGAGAGACGAGGCUGCCAGGCAACAGGAGAAGAAAGGCCUGAUAAAGUUCCACGUCGUGGGCAACUCCUUCAGUCAGAAGCCGAGUCGAGAAGUGCUCAUCUGGCUGGUGGGCCUGCAGAACGUAUUCUCUCACCAGCUGCCACGCAUGCCCAAGGAGUACAUCACGCGGCUGGUGUUCGACCCGAAGCACAAGUGCAUGUGCCUCAUCAAGGACGACAACAAGGUCAUCGGCGGCAUCUGCUUCCGCAUAUUCCCGACGCAGGGCUUCACGGAGAUCGUCUUCUGCGCGGUGACGUCCAACGAGCAGGUGAAGGGCUACGGCACGCACCUGAUGAACCACCUCAAGGACUACCACGUCAAGCACGGCAUCUACCACUUCCUUACGUACGCCGACGAGUUUGCGAUCGGCUACUUCAAGAAGCAGGGCUUCUCGAAGGACAUCAAGCUGCCGCGUGCCGCCUACAUCGGCUACAUCAAGGACUACGAGGGCGCGACGCUGAUGGGCUGCGAGCUGAACCCGCGCAUCGUCUACACGCAGUUCUCAAACGUCAUCUGCCGGCAGCGCGAGAUCAUCAAGAAGCUGAUCGAGCAGAAGCAAGGAACGAUCCGCAAGGUCUACCCGGGCCUGCAGUGCUUCCAGGACGGCGUGCGCGAGAUUCCCGUCGAGAGCAUCCCGGGCAUCCGGGAUGCCGGCUGGCGGCCGGAGGAUGAACCCGAGCGCGAGUGCCCUGAUCCCGAUGCGCUCUACUCGACGCUCAAGAUCAUACACAACCACGUGAAACAGCACGGCUCGGCGUGGCCUUUCCAGCGGCCGGUCGAUCCGUCGGAGGCGCCUGACUACUACGACAUCAUCCCCUACCCGAUGGACCUGAAGACGAUUCAGGAGCGCCUGAAGACGCGCUACUACACGAACAAGAAGAUCUUCAUGGCCGACAUGCACCGCAUCUUCAGCAACUGCCGCUCUUACAACGCGCCGGACACGGAGUACUAUCGCUGUGCCAAUACGCUAGAGAAGUUCUUUAUGAACAGAUGUAGGGAAGGAGGACUCAUUGAAAAGUGAGAGACAUAUAGUUCAUGUCUGGUCACACUCAUUUGUCGCAAAUAUAUUUCACACACAUACUUAGUUUGUGUAGAAGAGUAGCUCUAAUAUUUCUAUUUUAUAAUAUGGUAGUAUUAUAGUAUUACGUUUGUUUUUUGUUUGGUCCGUAGGUGUUUCUUGUGCAAUCAAUAUAAAGUACAUUAUAAUACAGUCUUGUACACGGUGUAAAUAUGGUAAUAGAUCCAGAAUUGUGUAAACAUAGCAGAUUGAGCUAUUGUUAUAGUAAUCGUAAAUAUUUUUUAUAAAAUUAACUCGCACGGUUCUCAUUUUGUAUGUAUAUAUGUAUUAUCAUUAGAAGCCCUGCAUAUUUAUAAUGAAAUUGUUUGUCAAAAUAGGAGUACGGUACUUAUUCUUUAGUUAUCUUCUGUAGAACAUGUAAAGGUAAGAUUUGGUGGAUUUUGAUUCUGCUCAAAUAGUAUAACGACAAAUAAAAGGAAAAGUACAUAGUA